ACUUUUACGGCGUGGUGCAAUUCUCACCUGCGGAAAGCUGGCACGCAGAUCGAGAACAUAGAUGAAGAUUUCCGCGAUGGGCUCAAACUCAUGUUGCUCUUGGAGGUCAUUUCAGGAGAGCGAUUACCCAAACCAGAGCGAGGAAAAAUGAGAGUGCAUAAAAUCAACAAUGUGAAUAAAGCUCUAGACUUCAUCGCUAGCAAAGGAGUUAAGCUGGUCUCUAUAGGAGCUGAAGAGAUUGUAGAUGGCAAUGCAAAGAUGACAUUGGGCAUGAUCUGGACAAUUAUCCUUCGAUUUGCCAUUCAGGACAUUUCGGUGGAAGAGACCUCUGCCAAGGAAGGCCUACUGCUGUGGUGUCAGAGGAAGACGGCGCCCUACAAGAACGUCAAUGUACAAAAUUUCCACAUCAGCUGGAAGGACGGUCUUGCUUUCAAUGCCUUGAUCCACAGACACAGACCAGAGCUCAUUGAAUACGACAAGCUCAGAAAGGAUGAUCCUGUGACGAACCUGAACAACGCCUUUGAGGUGGCCGAGAAAUACCUGGACAUCCCCAAGAUGUUGGAUGCCGAGGACAUUGUCAACACAGCUCGCCCUGAUGAGAAGGCCAUCAUGACCUAUGUAUCCAGCUUCUACCAUGCAUUUUCUGGCGCGCAGAAGGCUGAGACAGCAGCUAACCGGAUUUGCAAAGUGCUGGCUGUGAACCAGGAGAAUGAGCACCUGAUGGAGGACUACGAGAAACUGGCGUCUGAUCUGCUGGAGUGGAUUAAACGCACUAUCCCCUGGCUGGAGGACCGUGACCCACAGAAGACCAUUCAAGAGAUGCAGCAAAAACUGGAAGAUUUCCGUGACUACAGGCGCGUCCAUAAGCCUCCCAAAGUGCAGGAGAAGUGUCAGCUGGAGAUAAACUUCAACACCUUGCAGACUAAACUCCGGCUGAGCAACAGGCCUGCCUUCAUGCCCUCGGAGGGCAAGAUGGUCUCGGACAUUAAUAAUGGCUGGCAGCACUUGGAACAGGCGGAGAAAGGCUAUGAAGAAUGGCUGCUGAAUGAGAUCAGGAGGCUAGAGCGACUGGACCACUUGGCUGAGAAGUUCAGACAGAAAGCCUCCAUCCACGAGUCCUGGACUGAAGGGAAAGAAGCCAUGCUGAGGCAGAAGGACUACGAAACCGCCACCCUGUCAGACAUCAAAGCCCUGAUCCGGAAGCACGAGGCCUUCGAGAGCGAUCUGGCAGCUCACCAGGACCGCGUGGAGCAGAUCGCGGCCAUUGCACAGGAGCUCAAUGAGCUGGAUUACUACGACUCCCCCAGCGUGAACGCUCGGUGCCAGAAGAUCUGUGACCAGUGGGAUGCUCUGGGGUCCCUGACCCACAGUAGGAGAGAAGCCCUUGAGAAAACAGAGAAACAGCUGGAGACCAUCGACCAGCUGCACCUGGAAUACGCCAAGAGGGCAGCGCCGUUCAACAACUGGAUGGAGAGUGCCAUGGAAGACCUCCAGGACAUGUUCAUCGUCCACACCAUAGAGGAGAUCGAGGGCCUGAUUGCAGCUCACGAUCAGUUCAAAUCCACCCUGCCGGAUGCAGACAAAGAGCGCGAGGCCAUCCUGGGCAUCCAGAACGAGGCUCAGCGGAUUGCGGACUACAACAACAUCAAGCUGUCUGGGAACAACCCGUACACUUCGGUUACCCCGCAGAUCAUCAACUCCAAGUGGGAAAGGGUUCAGCAGCUGGUGCCCAAGAGGGACCAUGCUCUGCAGGAUGAGCAGAGCAAGCAGCAGUCCAAUGAGCACUUGCGUCGGCAGUUUGCCAGCCAGGCCAACAUCGUUGGGCCCUGGAUACAGACCAAAAUGGAGGAAAUAGGGCGCAUCUCCAUCGAGAUGAACGGCACGCUGGAGGACCAACUGAAUCACCUCAAGCAGUAUGAGCAGAGCAUUGUGGACUACAAGCCCAACAUCGACCUGCUAGAGCAGCAGCACCAGCUCAUCCAGGAGGCGCUGAUCUUCGAUAACAAGCACACCAACUACACCAUGGAGCAUAUUCGCGUUGGCUGGGAGCAGCUCCUCACCACCAUCGCCCGCACCAUCAACGAAGUGGAGAACCAGAUCCUAACCCGCGAUGCCAAGGGAAUCAGCCAGGAGCAGAUGCAGGAAUUCCGGGCUUCCUUUAACCACUUCGACAAGGACCACGGCGGUACCCUGGGACCCGAGGAGUUCAAAGCCUGCCUCAUCAGCUUGGGAUACGAUGUGGAAAAUGACAGACAGAAGCGCACAGGAAGCAUGGACACAGAUGACUUCCGAGCUCUCCUUAUCUCCACAGGAUACAGCCUGGGAGACGCCGAGUUCAACCGGAUAAUGAGUGUUGUGGAUCCCAACAACAGCGGGAUUGUGACCUUCCAGGCCUUCAUCGACUUCAUGUCCCGAGAGACGACUGACACAGACACAGCUGACCAGGUCAUUGCCUCCUUCAAGGUCCUGGCCGGAGACAAGAACUACAUCACAGCGGAGGAGCUGAGGCGAGAGCUGCCCCCAGACCAAGCGGAGUACUGCAUCGCUCGCAUGGCACCAUACCAGGGUCCCGACGCCGUCUCCGGAGCCCUGGACUACAAGUCCUUCUCCACGGCACUGUACGGCGAGAGCGACCUGUGAGCUGGUGGCGGCGGCAGCAAGCGCUGGCGCUUUGACGGCAGGAGCGAAGGCCUGAUUCUCUGCUCUGCAUUUACACACACAAACUGUCCCGCAGUGGUAGGAUCGCCCCUCCUCGCCUCCAGAGGAUGGAAAGCCACGUUCGCACUGGGGGAGCCUGGGAGUUAGCCUACAUUCCGGUUAUUAUUGCAUAUUAUAUGAACCAUGUACCUAUGCAAUGAUUUUUUUUUUUCACUUUGCUCUGUUAAACAUGUUGGGAGGGCGGGCUUGAAAUGGUUUUUUUUUUCUCACAUUUAAUUGCUUUGGGAUUUCUUGGCAAGGGGGGAAAAAAGGGAGAGUCUGAAAACAUGCAAGUGGCUCUGGUUCAGAUGGUUAUUUUUGUUAAAUAUAUCCCGGUCUAUUUUUUCAACUGAGCUUAAAAAAAAAAAAAUCUGUCGACUGGUAUGUUUUUGAAAUUGAACCUUUUCCCUUUGUCUCUGUCUCUCUGCCCUUUUAAUUUAUGCCACUGUGUAGCAGAAAUCCGAAGCGGUUUGUCUUUGUCAAUCACCCCAGCAAAAUCCAUCAGGGAAUUCCCUCUUUUCUUAAACCUGCCUCAAUCCAGAUCUCCUGCACCUCAAUCCAGUCUCUUCCUCUUCCCCUUAAUUUCAAUAGCAGUGAUGGUAUCUAGCAAAUCUCCAGUUACCUGGGCUAGGCAGUAUGUGGGAUAGGGUGACGUGAUGUAGUAUCCCUUUAACGUAGGUAUCAGCAAUGCCUUCCCUCCACUCCCAGACAGUGUGCAUGCAUGAAAAGCCACUCCCUGCUGCUGCUUCAUGGUUAUUUCCUUGGUGAAACUAACUAGACUCCCAAGGGACUUCAGUUCCGUCUGAGUGCUGAUGUUGCUCUGUUGAGCCAGCCUGCAGCGGUGUCUGUGUUGGCGGCUAACACAGUACUAGUUGUCUAGUAGCCUUGGGCUUUUUGUGGUUUAAUCUUUGCUACUCACAAAAUUGUAACAUUCCCUUUUUAAAAAAUUCGGUGCUACCGUUUUUUGGACUUUGUGGGGAAGCGUUUUGAAUUGCUGUUACACAGACCAAAUUCUCUGAGAUCUGGAGGCAGAGAACUCUGUGCCUUUCCUAGGAAAUCUUGUGCGGUGGCUUUUAAUUAACCGGCAACAUUUAGCAAGAACAAAGCAAUAAGGUAUAAAGAGACAACCUACUUUAUCACUGAACUGUAAUCCUGUUUGCAUUGUACAUACUCAAGUGACCUCUGGCUGUCAGGUAGGGAGACCCUCAAGGGUUGGGGUUUUACAUUCUGAACAAGCAUGUGUGUGGGGGAGGGGAUUGGGGUGGUCCAAGUGGAGUCAUUUUGUAUUCACAUCACUCAACGCUUGUCACAAAUCCACUGUAGUCAACUUCAUACCAAGCCAUAAAACUUCACUGUUUGUUAUCGCAGCCAUGUUGACCCAACUCUAUUGAAGGCUACUGCGACUUAGUGGCGGUUUUCCCAUUAGGGUGAGGCACAGAGCUGGUGUGGGCUUGCCAGGAGCUAUAUUUACACAUAAUGGAAAGUGCUUUUCCCCUUCCCGCGGUUUUCUGGCUCUUCGGGAUCCUUUAGCACACUGGAGUGAGCUGGAGACUUUGGGCGGAGGAGGAAAUGAUGACAGCAUUAGUUUUCAAAGCAGUUUAUGGAUCUACACACCCCUGCUGCUGUCUGCUAGCCCUUGGAUCUCAGCCACCCUUAGCCACGGAGUCAGUUGCUGCCGUCGGAUCCCCAUUGCACAUAUUGGCAAGUGAGCUGUUUAGCAAGAGGAUCCUGGGAAAAGGCAGCUAAGCACACUUGGCUGCAUGCAUGUCAGACACAGGCCUGCUAAACUAACCACGCUCUCAGUUCGCAGAGCUGGGAACCUCUCUGCACCCUGUACACCAGCAGCCUUACCCAGCCAAGUCGGAGGGCCAGAGCUUUCCAGUCAGAGGGAGGGAAGCCAGGAACUCAAAGCAUAUAGGAAAUAAGGGUUUCAAAGGCUCUUAGCAUCUUCUUUGAAGAGCAGGAAUGCUAGCACCCCCAGUCUGUUCGGCUAUCAGAGCAAGCACCCUUGCCAGUUCACUACUGGGGCAUCUCCUGACACGCUUUUUCACAACUGUCUUGGAGCAGGAUUUUCUGAGGACCAAAAAAAUCAACCUUUUUUUUUUUUAAAAUUAAAAAAAUUCAUAGGGUUCCUAUUUACUUUAUUAACUUACGGAUUUAUUAUAUAAAUAUAUAUUCACCUAGCAUCGUAUAUUACAGUUUUUCUUUGUCAUGUAAUUAAAAUAUUGCUGAUUAUUGUAACAAUGGAAACUGUAACAUUCCAUGCCUUUGUCAUUCAUCCUCUCUCUCCCCCCCCUCCCCUUGGCAUCGGAGAACGGUAGUCAUGGAAGCAUUUUAUUGUGUUCGCUACUGAAUGUCCUUCAACGGCUGGGGGGGAUGCAAAUGUCCGCAGGUAGGAAGACAGCAAUAGGCAGUAGUCAGCUUUUAUCUGCCUCUGUUAUGUUCUAAAAAAGCUUUGAGGUUUCUGGGAAACCAGCCCUCCUCCCUCUUGGGACAGGACAAUAAAAUGUGUAAUAUUUUUAAGGAUGA